AAAAAACAGAUUACCCAAAUUUUAGUUCGGGUCGGGUUACCGGUUCAACCGGAUAACAGCCAUUAAUAAGUAUACAUCCUUAAUUUUUCUGGGUUAGAAUAAACCGCCGAUUUAUUUUUCUGGGCAAGAUGAAUGAACAAAAAUGAACUUGUAAAAGCGAAAAAAAGGAGAUGAGGCACGGAUUUGUAGCUUACAAAUAUGUGCAGGACUUCCUACAUGUAUGUGGUCCAAAGUAUGUCAUUGGAACCAGGCAAAAUGCUCCUCUGCAUUUGAAUGCUGUACUUCGAUAUUGCUCAGAGCCGUUGUGUGAAGGAAACAUACCUCUAGGAUGGUAUAAUGAGGUUUUUCCGAGAUUGACUAAGUUAACCAAUUUGCUGAAGAAUGUUGAUUUGGUUGAUGGUAGAUUAGUGGAUGUCACUGACAAUUCGAUUGUUAGAGAUGAACGUCUUCUUCAUAGGAUGCACCAUUUCAAGGCACUUAUGAGAUUGUUUCUUGGGCAUCCAUCAGUACAGGAAGAACUCGGGCAGAAUUUGAAUUCGAGUGCUGCAGUUUCAGGAAGAAAAUGCACUCCCCCUGUUUGCUUUACCAAACCAAUUGAGAGGGAAGGUAUGAUUGUCAAUAACCUCACCACAGUGUGCAACUUUCUGAACGUCUCAGCUCAACAAAGGAAGACAGUCCGAUUUACCAUAUGCCCACAAGUCACUCAGCACCGGAUAUUUACAGGUGCGCUUGAAGAAAUACUCAAGGGAUUGAGAACCGAGAUGGAGUUAUUGGAUUCUCAUACUCCUAGCAAAAAGACGUUCAUGGGUCAGCAGAUUGUUUCUACUUGCUUAAAGUUCUUAGCUGAGACAGCUAGUCGCCAAGAUGAGAAUGCUUCUUCAUGGAUGAGGCCUAAACCGUCAAAAUUAAAUACAUCUUCAUCAUCCCGGAAAUGGGAAGAGAUUCUUGAAAUGUUCAAUGACCUCAUCAAUUGUCUAAGAGGAGAUGAAGGUUUAUCAUUCCAUGUGUCAAGACUCGAGGUGAUGAAAGAAGGUCUAACUCAGAUUAAGGAUGUGCUAAUUGAUAGAGACAUUGGAUACAAGGAGGUACAACUUCAUGAAAGCUUAGUUCAGAAGAAACUAGUGAAGACAUUGGGUCACUCAUCGCGAUGCUUGUUUACACUUCUAAGAUAUUAUCUUCAUGAGAGUCUUCGAGACAUGGAAGUGGAGGUGUCCGGCGGGUUGUAUGAGAUUGGUGAGAAAGAUAAGUUAUGUUUGUCCAUGGGGAAAAUAUUGACAUCAGUGGAAGAAAAAAUGGUUUGGAGUGGGAUUAAGCAAUUAGAUCGCGCUCUUGGAAUGUUCGAGUUUGUAUGGGAAACUGCUGGGAUGAAGAGGAAACUAGAGUUGCAAGGGCAUUUGUGGUGUAUAGGGGCUGAAAGCAGGACAAUUACCUAUAGGGGGAAUUUGUUCUUCCUCCAUGGAGUUGGUUUAUAAAUCAAUGGUGCAUAGUGUAACUCAUGUCAAUAGUUUGAGCAAUUUUUUGCCUGCUUGAAUGGUGUUUUCUUUAAUGAUGAAAUCUUUGUGAGAAGAGUGUAUGAAGACAACAGUUACUUUUGUUUUUACA